AUGAAGAGGAGCUGUUCGAAAGUGGUUGGCCGAAGAUUUUUGUCCUACCCAGAGCUAGAAGAAGUUUUGCUGGACAUUGAAACUUCCAUGAACAACAGACCACUGUCUUACCAAGGGGAAGAGUUUGAGCAGCCAGUGCUCACCCCAAACACCUUACUGAGAGGGAAACCAACACCCAUUCUAGAGGAAGACCUUGAGAAGAUUGGAGAAGAGCAUGCUACUAAGCAGAUGAGGUUCUUACAGAAAAGUAAAGAACAACUUCGAAAGAGGUUCAUGAAAAAGUACGUCCACGCCCUUGAUGAGAAACAACAGCAGUCCACAGGGAACAUUGAUAAGACACCAAACAUAGGAGCAGUAGUCUUGCUGAAAGGCGAUACAAAGGACAAGGCCCUGUGGAAGCUGGGACGAGUAGUAAGCAAAAUUUCCGGCAAGGAUGGGAUAGUGCGUGGUUUGAAGCUGAAGCAAGGGAAUGGUUACGUGGUGGAGCGACCGUUACAACUCGUGUGA